AUGGGAAAUAUUCUCCCCUUAGCUGCGCCAGUAGGGGCUGCUCAUGCUGCGAGCCUCUCUGAUAUUUGCAACGAUGCCUACAUCAAGGCUGCGUUGCCUGCAGAUGGCACCUUCCAGGGCAUCUACAUGGGCAUCUACAUGGUUUCCAGCCCUGUCUCGACUACCAUCCAUUCGAAUGUGUCCAUCAGCAGCUCCAACUUUAAUCCGGCUAAUUUCAAGAAUCGGUUCCUUACCACCGGUGGCGAGGCAUACGAGAUUAACGAGAGUUCCAGUACCUCUGGAUCCUUGCCCAGUGGUCUCAUGUAUGGAGCGGUCGCCGGCCUCACCAACAGUGGGUUCAAUGGUCAAUCAUUUGACGACAUCUUUCUUCUUGCCAAUGGCACCAUGAUGGAAAUUGGCCGUCAACUCGCCCGCAAUGUGUAUAACACCGGAAAUGACAAGGUCUAUACCUGCUAUCAGUCAUGCUCUGAUGGUGGCCGUGAGGGCUGGUCUCAGGCCCAGCGGUAUGGCUAUGAUUACGACGGAAUUAUUGUUGGUGCGCCGGCUUUCCGCUUCGCCCAUCAGCAAAUCAACCACCUGAUGCCCAACGUCGUUGAACAGACCAUGGAUUACUACCCGCCUCCGUGCGAGUUGAAGCUGAUUGCCAACGCCACCAUCGCUGCUUGCGAUCCGCUGGAUGGCCGCGCAGACGGAGUUUUCGCCCGCUCCGACCUGUGCAAGCUGCAUUUCAACCACACCUCCUUGAUCGGUGCUCCCUACUACUGCGCGGCCAGCUCCGGUGGCAGCAGUCUUGGUCUCGGGUUUAGUAAACGGCAGUCCAUAAGCUCGACCCCGGAGCAGAGCGGUACCGUCACCAAAGAAGCCGUCGAAUUGGGCCUCAGUAUUGACGGUAACGGGGGCGAGUUUGUGGCGAAGUUUGUGAACCUGCAGGAAGCGGACACGCUAUCUACUCUCGACAAUGUUACUUAUGACACCAUCCGCGGCUGGAUGCAAAUGGGAUGGACAAUGUACGAGGACACCCUGGUGACUCACAACCCCGAUCUCAAUGUCCUUCAGCAAUCCGGUGGUAGGAUUCUGCACUUCCACGGUGAGCAGGACCCCAGUGUGCCCACUGCCUCGUCUGUCCACUACUAUGAGGCUGUGCGCAAGAUUAUGUUCCCCAACGAGUCUCUCAACACAAGUGCUGCCGCCUUAGGCGAGUUCUACCGACUGUACCUGGUCCACGGUAUGGCUCAUUGCGGCACAAACAGCGAACAACCGAAUGGACCUUUCCCGCAAACCAAUAUGGCCGUCAUGAUCGACUGGGUGGAGAACGGUGUGAUUCCUGUGACGGUGAACGCGACCGUGCUCCAGGGAGACAAUGAAGGCGAGCACCAGCAGAUCUGCGCGUGGCCCCUUCGCCCUCUCUGGUCCAACAACGGGACUACCAUGGAUUGCAUAUUCGACCAAGCCUCGAAUGAUGCUUGGAUCUACGAUUUCGACGCCUACAAGCUUCCUUUGUAUUAG